CUCCGUGAAUUUCAAAAUGCACAAACAAUGUUAUUCGCUAUUGAGGAAAUAAACAACAGAACUGAUAUUCUUCCUGAUAUUAAACUUGGAUAUAAAAUCUAUGAUUCCUGCGGAGCAGUAGAUAUAACUACAAGAGCCUCCUUGAACUUAGUUAAUGACCAUGGACCAAAUAUAUCUCCAAUGUCUUGCUUUAAACCUGAUUCAGUGCAAGCAAUCAUAGGUGAAACAUCUUCUAGUGCCUCUAUUGCCAUUGCUGCUACUGUGGGACCUUUAAAAAUACCAGUGGUUAGUCACUUAGCAACAUGUGCAUGCUUAAGUGACAGGAAGAAAUUUCCAUCUUUCUUCAGAACUGUUCCCAGUGAUUACUACCAGAGCAGAGCUUUGGCUAAGUUGGUUAAGCAUUUUGGCUGGACAUGGGUAGGGGCCCUAUGUAGUGAUAGUGAAUAUGGAAACAAUGGCAUAAAUCAAUUUAUUAUUGCAGCUAAAGAAGAGGGAAUCUGUAUUGAGUAUUCCAAAUCAUUUUUUUGGAGAGACCCCAGAGAAAAACUUCUGAAAAUAGUUGAAACUGUCAAAACUUCAACCUCCAAAGUUAUUGUAGCAUUUGUCUCAUACUCUGACCUUGGUGUUCUUCUAAAGGAAAUGGCCUUACAGAACUUGACUGGGUUUCAGUGGAUUGGAAGCGAGUCCUGGAUCUCUGCUAUAAAUCCAGCUAAUGCUCAAUGGCAGCAUCUUCUAAUAGGAUCUAUGGGUUUCGCUAUGCCAAAAGGCCAAAUCAAAGGUCUUGGGGAAUUUUUGACAAACGUUAAUCCAGCUUCUGAUGCAUCUAUUUACAAAGAGUUGUGGGAGACAAUAUUUAAAUGUAAGCUUGCUACACAAGAAAAUAUUGAUCCAAAUACAAUGUGCAAAAACAAUGAAAGUCUCAGUCAAGUUCAAAACCUUUAUACAGAUGUUUCAGAAUUAAGAGUUGCUAAUAAUGUUUACAAAGCUGUUUAUGCCUUGGCUCAUGCUCUGCAUAGCAGAUAUAGCUGUUCAAAUAGGGAUAGUGGACACAUUGGUUAUACCGCAUGUGCAAACAUAACAGAUGACAAACCAGGGCAGGUUGUCAAUGAGAUGACAAAACUCCAUUUUACAACUACAGCAGGAGAGGAUGUAUUCUUUGAUAAAAAUGGAGACCCAGCAGCAAGGUAUGAACUGCUGAAUUGGCAACAAGAUAAAUAUGGUAAAAUAUUCCUUGUUAAAGUGGGCUUCUAUGAUGGCUCUUUGCAACCACCAUUUCAGCUUUCAUUUAACAACAUCAGUAUAGCCUGGGCAAACAACAAACCACAGGUGCCAGUCUCAAUGUGUAGUCCAAGUUGUCCCCUGGGCACAAGGAAGGCUGUGCAGAAAGGAAGGCCUAUCUGCUGUUUUGACUGUAUACCAUGUGCAGAGGGGGAAAUAAGUAAUUUCACAGAUUCUAUAACUUGUAUAAAGUGCCCACCUGAACUGUGGUCUAAUGCCAGGAAACAUGCCUGUGUCUUAAAGCUGGUGGAAUUCCUGUCAUUUGAGGAAAUAAUGGGAAUCAUUCUUGCAUCAUUUUCUUUGUUAGGAGCAUCAUUCACCAUCUGCAUUGCUGUAAUCUUUUUUAAACACAAGGAGACCCCGGUUGUUAGAGCAAAUAAUUCAGAACUAAGCUUCUUGCUGCUGUUUUCUCUGACUCUUUGUUUUCUCUGUUCUCUUGCAUUUAUUGGUCAGCCUUCUGCAUGGUCAUGUAUGCUGCGCCAUACAGUGUUUGGGACCACAUUUGUCCUUUGCAUCUCCUGUAUUUUGGGAAAAACAGUAGUGGUGUUAAUGGCCUUCAGGGCUACACUUCCAGGCAGUAAUGUCAUGAAAUGGUUUGGUCCUCUACAGCAGAGACUAAGUGUACUCAUCUUCACUCUUGUUCAGGUCAUUAUUUGUGUGGUGUGGCUAACAAUAUCCCCUCCAUUUCCCUACAAAAAUAUUAAGUACUACAAGGAGAAGAUUAUAUUAGAAUGUGAUGUAGGUUCAGCUAUAGGUUUUUGGGCUGUGCUGGGUUAUAUAGGAUUGCUGGCUGUUUUGUGUUUUAUUUUGGCUUUUCUGGCCCGCAAGCUGCCUGAUAAUUUCAAUGAAGCCAAAUUUAUCACAUUUAGCAUUCUUAUAUUUUGUGCAGUUUGGAUCACCUUUAUCCCUGCUUAUGUCAGCUCUCCUGGAAAAUUCACUGUAGCUGUAGAGAUAUUUGCCAUUUUAACAUCCAGCUUUGGUUUACUUUUUUGCAUAUUUCUUCCCAAGUGUUAUAUCAUCAUAUUGAAGCCUGAGAAGAACACUAAGAAGCUAAUUAUGGGUAAAGGAACUGCUAAAUGA